AUGAGGUUCGGAUUUCUCUUCGGGCUCUCCCUGAUUAGCCUCGGCGCAGCUUCACCCAUUGCCACCCCGGUUUGGAAAUCUCCUCGCGCUGCUGAGGGUAACGGCAUCAUCCGCGGAGUGAACUUGGGCGGCUGGCUCGUGCUGGAGCCAUGGAUCACUCCAUCCAUCUUCGAAGCUGCCGGUGACUCGGCCGUUGACGAAUGGACUCUCAGUCAGGCCUUGGGCGCCAAUGCUCAUACCCGUCUCUCGCAGCACUGGAAUUCAUUCAUGAACCAGGGCGAUUUCGACCGCAUCAAGGCCGCGGGACUGACCCACGUUCGCAUUCCUAUCGGAUACUGGGCCGCAGCCCCCAUCCAGGGAGAACCAUUUGUCCAGGGUCAGAUGGACAUGUUGGAUGCUGCUAUUGACUGGGCAAGACACUCUGGCUUGAAAGUCAUUGUUGACCUCCACGGUGCCCCCGGAUCCCAAAACGGAUUUGAUAACAGCGGCAGGCUCGGUCCGGCCAACUGGCAAAAGGGAAACACUGUUGACCUCACCAUCAAGGCCCUCCAGGUCCUCAUCCCCCGAUACACCCGUCACGAAGGCGUGGUUGAAGAAAUCGCCAUUCUCAACGAACCCUUCCCUCAAGCAGGCAUCCAGGUCGAACCACUAAAGGAAUUCUACCACGCUGCUGCCGGAAUAGUCAACCAAGCCAAACCUGGCACCGGCGUUGUCAUCUCCGAUGCCUUCAUGGGCCCAUCAAAGUGGAACGGCUUCAACCUAGGUGCCAAAACCAUCGUCGACACCCAUCAUUACGAAGUCUUCGACCCAGCCGUAGUAGCCUGGAAUGUCGACCAACACGUCAAAGCAGCCUGUGACUUCGGUGCCAAUGAAAUCGCCCAAUCCUCCAACCCUACCAUCGUCGGCGAAUGGUGCGGUGCGAUGACUGACUGUACCAAGUACCUCAAUGGCCGCCACGAGGGCGCAAGGUAUGACGGAACACAUAAAGGUUCAAACCCCGCCACGGCUGUCCCGGGAGGCUGUGCUGGCAAAAACCAGGGCUCCAUUGCUGGGUUCUCCGAGGCUGAAAAGGUCAACACUCGACGAUAUAUCGAAGCCCAGCUUGAUGCAUUCGAGCGUGGCCGCGGAUGGGUUUGGUGGACUUGGAAGACCGAGGGAGCACCAGGUUGGGACAUGGGUGACUUGUUGGCGAACGGCAUCUUCCCACAGCCAUUGGAUUCAAGGCAGCACCCUGGACAGUGCCAUUAG